AUGGCUCAUGGAUUGUCAUUUAAUGAGAAAGAUUCAGAACAUUUUGGGGAAGAUGAUUUUAAUGUUAACUUUGGAUCAGAAAAUAAUUUAAAUAAAGAAAAGGAAGAAAUUGGAAAUAAACAAAAUAUCGAGGGAAAUUUAGAAUUAAAAAUAGAGGAGGAAGAUGAUGAAGACGGGAAUGAAUUUAAAAAGAGAUUUGGAGAAAAUCCUUAUUUGGUUAAACCUCUCUAUGAUAGAGAAGGGAAAAUGGAAGAACAAAAUCGAAAAAUAUUUGAUGUAAUUUUUAUUUAA